AUGGAGGACGGCUAUGAGCUGGACCUCACGUAUAUCACAGAGCGCAUCAUCGCUGUCUCCUUCCCUGCCAGCAGCUCUGAGGAGUCUUAUCUCCAUAACCUGCAGGAAGUCACAUGCAUGCUCAAGUCCAAGCACGGCGACAACUAUCUGGUAUUAAACCUUUCUGAAAAGAGAUAUGAACUUACAAAGCUUAAUCCUAAGACAAUGGACGUGGGCUGGCCAGACAUGCAUGCUCCGCCUCUUGAUAAGAUGUGCACCAUAUGCAAAGCCCAGGAGUCGUGGCUCAACAGUGACCCCCAGCACGUGGUGGUUAUCCACUGUCGGGGCGGGAAAGGACGCAUAGGAGUGGUCAUAUCAUCCUACAUGCACUUCACCAAUGUUUCCGCCAGUGCCGACCAAGCCCUCGAUCGAUUUGCAAUGAAGAAAUUUUACGAUGAUAAAGUAUCUGCUUUAAUGCAACCAUCCCAAAAACGGUACGUGCAGUUCCUCAGUGGUCUCCUGUCUGGCUCAGUGAAAAUGAAUGCCUCCCCGCUGUUCCUGCAUUGCGUCAUCCUGCACGGUAUCCCCAACUUUGACACAGGUGGAGUGUGCCGGCCCUUUCUGAAGCUCUAUCAAGCCAUGCAGCCCUUGUACACGUCGGGGAUAUACAACAUCAGUCCGGAAAACCAGAACAGAGUCUGUAUCACCAUCGAACCUGCGCAGCUUCUGAAAGGGGACAUCAUGGUGAAGUGUUACCACAAGAAGUACCGCUCUGCUACCCGCGACGUCAUCUUCCGCUUGCAGUUUCACACUGGAGCUGUCCAGGGUUAUGGGCUCGUGUUUGGGAAGGAAGAGCUGGAUGACGCCAGCAAAGAUGACCGUUUUCUUGACUAUGGGAAAAUCGAAUUCGUUUUCUCCGCCACUCCUGAGAAAAUCCAAGGCUCUGAACAUGUGCGCAACGACCAUGGAGUGACUGUUGACUACAAUACUGCAGACCCACUGAUUCGCUGGGACUCCUAUGAGAACCUGAGUAUGGAUGGAGAAGUGCUGCACUUGCAGGGACCCAUCGAUGGUAGCCUCUAUGCUAAGGUGAGGAAGAAGAGCACCUCUGACCCCAGCAUCCCAGGUGGUCCCCAGGCUGUCCCAGUCAACCAUAGUCCAGACCACAGCGACCACACCCUGUCUGUCAGCAGUGACUCUGGUCACUCCACUGCCUCAGUCAGGACUGAUAAGACAGAAGAGCACCUGGCUCCCAGCACCAAGAGAGGACUGAGCCCCCAAGAGAAGGCUGAGCUUGACCAGCUCCUCAGCCGCUUUGGCCUAGAAGAGUCUGGAAGCUCACUGAAGGCUAUGACUGAUGCUCAAAGCAAGUAUAGUGGAACCCGCCAUGUUGUGCCAGCCCAGGUCCAUGUUAAUGGGGAUGCCAAGUUACCAGACAGGGAAACAGAUAUCUUGGAUGAUGAGAUGCCCCACCAUGACCUGCACAGUGUGGACAGCCUUGGUACACUGUCCUCCUCAGAAGGGCAACCCUUGGCUCACCUUGGCGCCUUCACCUGCCACAAGAGCAGCCAAAAUUCCCUCUUGUCGGAUGGCUUUGGCAGCAACACUGGUGAAGACCUGCCUGGUGUUCUGGGUCCAGACCUAGGCAUUAGUAUGGACCUGAUCUAUGAGCGAUCCUUUGGAAACCGAGAGCCCAGGCAACUGCCAACCGUGCUGAGGAAGCCUUGUGUGUCAGCACAAAUGCAAACCUAUGGGCAGAGCGGCUACUCCACACAGACCUGGGUGCGCCAGCAGCAGAUGGUGGCUGCACACCAGUACAACUUCACAUCCGAUGGGGAGAGCAAGCUCGUCAGCCGCAGCACAGCCGACAACGCUGGUCAUGUCCCAGCCCUGCCUAGAGUGUCUGUUACUCCUACCCAUGCACCCAGUACCAGGGUGACCAUCCAGAAGGGUGUAGGCAGUGGGCCAAAUUCCCCAGACAUACAGCUGCCCCUUCCCAGAAAAACAUUCAAACCCAGAUUUACGGGUGAAAAUGCCACGAAUGGGGUUGAACUGGACCUGAAUGUGGUCCUCUCACCAGGCUCCCCCACCCUGGACAUUGACCAGUCCAUUGAGCAACUCAACAGGCUCAUCUUGGAACUGGACCCCACAUUUGAGCCCAUCCCAACCCACAUGAAUGUGCUGGGGUGUCAAACCAAGACUGCUGUGCCCACAGGCGGGAUAGACAGCCAGUUCCGGGCCAGUGGCAAGCUUCAGGACCCAGGAGAGGGUCCCAGCAGGAUGCCUGGGAGGCAAGGCUCUAUAGGGGAUGACUCCUUGGAUGGAAGACUCCGGAAGCUGAGCCUGGGGCAGUAUAAUAGUGAUGUUGAUCAACAGCCAUCCUUUUCCAAAUGCAGUUGGGGAAAGACCACCGGUAUGGACCAAGAUCCAAGUCUUACAUCUUUCCUUUCUUCAGCGGACACCAAAGAGACAGUAAUAUCCAGUUACCCUUCAGACAUGGAUGUGAUUGACGGCAGGAUCUUCUCUCCACCCAAAAAUGGCAAUGAGUCAGCGUCUUCAACACCGGUAUUUCCUGUGUCACCAGAAACGCAUGUGAAGACGCCGCUCCACUAUCCUCAGUUCAGCCCCUCUGAGCCACAGAUGAGCAACCCUGCCAGUCAGUACAAAGGCGCACAGGACUCGCAUGGCUCCCCGGAGGCUCUAAAUCAUUCUGUGGGGAUGUCAGAGGACCCGAACAGACCCAAACCCACAGUGCUCUGGACUGAUAUGCCAACUACGCCUUCCUUUCAGCAGGCAUUUACAUCUGCCUGCACAAUUUCAACCACCAACCCUGUCCAGAAAAGAGAGAGCCCUUCUUCUGCAGAACAGCAGUGGUUGGAGACUAGCCCUAACUCCAGGCUUUCCAUGUUGGGGAGCAGCCUACCAGCAGGAGGUCUCAUUGGCCCCUCAGAGUUUUCCUGCCCCAUGAAGGACUCUUCAGUGCUGCCCCAUUUUCCGACUUCAGAGCUCCAGGGCUCUUUCAACAGCCAUCAGCUUUCCCAGAGGGAACUACCAUCGGAAAUUCUGGUCACCCAGAGCGGCCCUGCCUUCUUGAGCUUUAGUGGAACUGCUAUGGGGAGCAGCCUUCCAUCCGGGGAGACUCCAGGAAGCCUGCUGGCUCAUUCCCAGGGAGCCUCCCCAGCCCCUGGUGCCCCACUGAGCACAGCAGUGGUUAGUGACAACAACUUCCUGCCCCAUCACUUCCUCACAGCUGUACCAGAACAUGUUGGUCAGCACAGCUCAGCCCUACAGGGCCCAGGGCUGACCCUGCCCCUGCAGCCACCCCUUCCAGAGAAGAAGCGAGCCUCAGAGGGAGACCGGUCCUUUGGCUCCAUUUCCCCUUCCUCCAGUGGCUUCUCCAGCCCCCACAGUGGGAGCACUAUCAGCAUUCCUUUCCCAAACAUCCUUCCGGAUUUCUCUAAAGCUUCAGAAACAGGAUCGCCUUUGCCAGAUAAUCCAGGUGAUAAACAUGUGACAGUGAAGUUUGUUCAAGACACAUCCAAGUUCUGGUAUAAGCCAGAUAUUUCACGUGAAGAAGCCAUUGCCAUGUUGAAGGACAAGGAGCCAGGCUCAUUCAUCGUGCGGGACAGCCAUUCCUUCCGUGGUGCCUAUGGCCUAGCUAUGAAAGUGGCCACUCCUCCACCUUCAGUCUUGCAAUUGAACAAGAAAGCUGGAGAUUUGGCCAAUGAACUUGUUCGGCACUUUUUGAUUGAGUGUACCCCAAAAGGAGUGCGGUUGAAAGGAUGCCCAAAUGAGCCAUACUUCGGAAGUCUGACAGCUUUGGUGUAUCAACAUUCAAUCACCCCCUUGGCUUUGCCCUGCAAACUGCUUAUUCCAGACCGAGAUCCAUUGGAGGAUAUAACAGAAAACUCUCCCCAAACAGCUGCCAACUCAGCAACUGAGCUGUUGAAACAGGGGGCAGCCUGCAAUGUGUGGUACCUGAACUCUGUGGAAAUGGAGUCCCUCACAGGCCACCAAGCAGUGCAGAAGGCCCUGAGCAUCUCUUUGGUCCAGGAACCGCCUCCCAUCUCCACGGUCGUCCACUUCAAGGUGUCUGCACAGGGCAUCACACUGACGGACAAUCAGAGGAAGCUCUUCUUCCGGAGACACUACCCUGUUAAUAGCGUGAUCUUCUGUGCUUUGGAUCCACAAGACAGAAAGUGGAUCAAAGAUGGCCCUUCCUCAAAGGUCUUUGGGUUUGUGGCCCGAAAGCAGGGCAGCACCACUGACAACGUGUGUCACCUAUUUGCAGAACAUGACCCUGAGCAACCAGCUAGUGCCAUCGUGAACUUUGUAUCAAAGGUCAUGAUUGGGUCCCCAAAGAAGAUCUAA